AUGAUACGCCUCCUGGGUGUGGGGGAGAAUGGCCCGCAUCUGAUGUUUCCUCGACCUACAUUAGUCACUGGUGUGACUUUGGAGGAUUAUCAGUUGGAGGGAGUGGAGUGGAUAGUUAGUUUAGAUAAGAAUGGAUUUUUGGGUGUUCUUGACUGUAAACAAUCGCAUUUGACGCACACUAUGUGGCCUUGGCCAUCACCAAUCAUUCCUUAUUGUCUGCCCCUUGAGCAUCCUUCACAACUGGAUCGAGGAAUUCAACAUAUUUGCACUGCUGAAGCAACUCAGUCGAAAGGGAAAGUGCCUGCUCAUAAGGCCCCUGCACCAAAGUGGACAGUCAAAGGCACACCCGCCAAGAGGCGCAAAACAGACUCCGAUGGGGAGGACAAUUCACAGGCAUGA